GUGCAUGCAAGUUCAACCUUUCAUUUAACAGAUUAAACUUUAUCUCACAUUCAUCCUAUUGUAACUAUCUUAUUCCACUAUAACAUGCAUGGUUCUCGAAAUGUCUGGAAACUGGAAUACUACACGACCUCAGGUCCCACCAGCUGGUGCUGCCGACUAAGCAAUCCAUAUCAUACUUUCCAGAACUCUCCAUCACUCGUUUCCAAAUUUGUAUAUAUUUCACAAACUAAACAUUCUUACUUCAUCAAAAAAACAAGCACCAAUACUCUUCACCUCUCGAGUCUCGACAAGAAAAUGUCACAAACAUUAUCCUCAAAUAUUGGUCUUAAUUACCAAGCCAUAAUUUCCAAGACUUCAUUGAAACCAACUCACUUCCCUUCAUUACAAAAGCUGAAACCCCUCAGAGCCAUGACAGAAGACGCAAGAGAAAAACUCGACCAUGUCCCAAUAUCAAACCACCAGCCUCAACUCAAAAAGAGACUAGUUCCUUUUCCUUCCAUACCGACAUGGGACCGGUUUCCUACGGCGAGAACGGUUCAAGAGAUGUUGGAAACAAUGGAAAGAAUGAUGGAGGAUCCAUUUGCAAUGAGCACGAUUGAGUGGCCUUCAUCACCUCUACCGAGUGAAGGAGUAGGUGGGUAUAGAAGGAGGGGAAGAGCACCAUGGGAGAUUAAAGAAGGAGAAGAAGAAUACAAGCUGAGGUUUGAUAUGCCUGGUAUGAACAAGGAGGAUGUGAAAGUGUGGGUGGAAGAGAAGAUGGUAGUGGUUAAAGCUGAAAAAGGUUCCAACAAGAAGAAGAACGAAGAAGAUGAAGAAUGGGGUUCAAAUAGCUAUGGUAGGUAUAGUGGUAGAAUUGCUUUGCCGGAGAAUGUGAAGUUUGAGGAUAUUAAGGCUGAGGUUAAGGAUGGUGUUCUUUACAUAACCAUUCCUAAGGUUGUUAGCUAUUCCAAAGUUAUGGAUAUCAGUGUUCAAUAAUUCUUCUGUUUUUUUUUUUUUUAAGUUGUUGAUUUGUUUACGGGUGUACAUAAUAGUUUUUUUUAUUUUAUUUUUAUAUUUAGAUUUGGAUAGAAUUUUUCCUUUUACUUAAAAAAAAUGUUUGAAUUGUUUUUUUUGGAUAAUAAAUUAAUGACGUGAUAAUCUUAUUUUAAU